UACUCCGCGCACGGUUCUUGUCCUGCGUCGCCACUGCUGCUGCUCUUAUCGCGCGCCUGCUGACCUCUGCGACCGCGAUGCGUGCGGUGACCGUCCUUGCAUUGAUAGCUGCGUCUCAUGCGCAGUAUACGCCGCUUGUGAACCUUUUCAUCGGCACGGGCUCGGAUGGCAAUGCACUGCCAGGUGCUGCAGUUCCCAAUGGAAUGGCAAAGGUUGGUCUCGACAUGGACACCAGCCCUCGCCAAGCCGGCUACAAAGCUGACAAUUACUCUGUGACAGGCGUCUCCCUCAUGCACGACGAGGGUACCGGCGGCACGGCCACCGGCGGCUGGGGCAUCUUCCCUCUUUUCCCGCUCUCAAAUUGCGACUUUACCUCUUGUCCCGUCGGCAUUGACGACAGGAAAGUCAAACGCACCGAAGGCGACUCUGCGUCUCCUGGCUACUUCACCUCCACCCUGACCACCGGCAUCCAAAUCGAGACGACUUCGACUCGUAGAGCGGGCCUCAUCCGCUUUACCUACCCUGCCGGAGCCAAUGGCACGCACGUCGUCGUCGAUCUGACGAAUGACCUGCAGCGCUCGUUUCACGGCGGUAGUUCGAGUUUGGACUCUAGCGCAGGACGCAUCGAGCUUGAGGGAACGUUCUUGCAGUCCUACGGCACCUACAACUACACCGCCUACGCCUGCUACGACUUCCCCACCGACACGCUCGUCGCCUCCGGCACGUACGCCAACGGCACGAUCUCCGAGACUGGCACUUCAGUCUCAUACGACUAUAACGCCAACGGGUAUGCUGGGCUGGACGCCGGCGCGCUCCUCUCCUUCAGCGGCAGCGAUGAUCAUCCGGUCACCCUCCGCUUUGGCGUCUCGAUGCUCAGCUCCGCGCAAGCGUGCGCGAAUGCGGAAGCGGAGGUGCCCGGAUACGGCAAAGGUUCAGUCGAUGAAGCAGCCCAGGCAUGGAACGCCACCCAAGCAGCAUCCCAAGGAGCCUGGGAUGCGCGCUUGAACGCCGUACAGGUAGACACGGACAAGGAAGAUGCCACAGUGGUCGAGCUGCUGUACUCGUCCCUCUAUCGCGCCGCGCUCGUACCAGCGAACUUUACUGGGGAGAAUCCGUAUUCGGGGAGUGCGGAACCGUUUUAUGACUCGCUGUUCUGCUCCUGGGACACCUUCAGGACUGAACAUCCACUGCUUUCCAUCCUUUGGCCCCGACAGUGGUCGGAGAUCGUUCGAACGUAUAUCGAUGGGUGGCGCGCUGAUGGCUACAUACCCGAAUGCCGCGUCAGCACGAAGGCCGGCUACAUCCAAGGUGGCGCGAACGGAAUGCCCGUCCUUGGCGAGUUUGCGGUCAAGUACGCCGAGCAGGCGGCGGAGUUGGGGGUAGACACCGACGACCUAUACAAUGCCCUCGUCACCACCGCGGAGGAGACGCCGGACGACUGGUACCGCUACGGUCGACAGAACGACGUAUGGAAGCGGUUUGGGUAUAUUCCUUUCGAUCGAUGCGCCGGCACCUCCAAAGCGGGCAGCGCGUGCUCGACAGCGGCAGAUUGUGGGGAUACAGGGCUCUCCCUCUGCGGCUCCGACGGCUUCCAGUGCAUUGACAGUGUUUGCAGGAAGAAAACCGGCGCCUACUGCGUCGCGGGCAGCACAGAGUGUCUCCCGGACCACCCCUGCGUCGCCGGCGACCCGUACAUCGGCUCGAACUACAAGUCGCAACACUGCUCGCCGAGAAAUAACACGUCGUUUUGCGAGGAUGAGUACGACCAGUGCAUCAGUGAUAUGCAGCCAAACCCGGACGAGGAGUGGUGCGCGGCGGUGCGGGAUGAGUGUCUGGUGGAGGCGAAUGGGGGCACGCCGGAUGGCUCCAAGACGCGCGCCUCCACCGGUCUCGCCACCCGCGAGGUCUCCCGCACGCUCGAGUACGCCCACAACGAUUUCGCCGUCCGCCAGGCCGCGAAGGCGCUCGGCAAGUCUGCGGACGACAUCUCCACGUACACAAACCGGUCCCUGAACUUCAAGAACGUGUGGGACGCGGAUGUGCAGUACGACAAUUUAACGGGGUAUGUGCAGAAGAGGUUGGAGAACGGCACCUUCGUAUACACCCCGCCCGACGCAUGCUCCCCGGUCGACUCUGGCUCGCACUCCUGCGCGCGGGGCGACGACAACGAUACAGGGUUCUACGAGUCAAGCUCGUAUGAGUACUCAUUUUGGGCUCCGCAUUCGAUGUCGUCGAUCGUGAAGUUCAUGGGUGGCGCGGAGAGCUUUGUGACGAGGCUGGACCGCUACUUCGACGGCGGAUACUUCUUGCCAGGCAACGAGCCGUCGUUCGAGACGCCGUGGCUGUACCACUAUGCGAAUCGUCCGGAUCUGAGCGCAAAGCGGGUGCGGAAGGUUGUAUAUGAGAACUUCGGGACGGGCGUCGAGGGAAUUCCAGGGAACGACGACUCCGGUGCAAUGGCUGCGCUCCUGACUUUCCAUCUCCUUGGUCUGUACCCGGUCCCUGCGACGAAGCAACUGCUUCUCGGAUCGCCUUUCUUGUCGAGCUAUAUCAUCAACAACGACCUCUUUGGCACGUCGACGACCGUCAGCGUCACCAACUUCGAUUCGUCAACGCUGAAGGCGAGCCCGGACGAUGGCAGCAACCUCUACGUCCAGAGCGUCUCGGUCAAUGGUCAAGCGCGCGAUACCAUCUGCUAUAUCUCGUUCGACGAUAUCGUUGGCGGUGGUAACAUUGAAAUCGUGGUGGGGUCGUCGCCUCCAGAGUCGGGAUGUGGUAGUGCCACAAAUGCGCUACCGGACUCGCUCGAAGAUGGUGGGUUUGCUUGAGUAGUAGAGCUUGCUAGGACCUCUAAUAUACCCCUACGACUAAUUCCAGUCAAUAUAAUGUACGAUGAGGGACGAAC